CAUUCAAAGAACUGCAUUUGAAAAGUGCAUACGAGGUGAAAAAAAUAAAAUAAUAGUUGCCAUUAAAUUUCACAUCAAGUUAGUUAUAAAAGUGUCCGGGAAAUAAACACAUCACGAUCAAUCAAGAGAUUUAAAAUUGUUGAAGAUAUUUAAAGGUAUCAAAUCAUCUACACAAUGUCUCUGAUUCCAUUGAUGUUUGGAAAUUGGUGGGAUGACGACUGUUACUGCGAUCAUCCUCUGCGUUUGCUUGACCAGCAAUUCCAUCCUGGUUUAAGAUACAGCCGUCAACAAACACCAGCAGCCCUUUCAUUCGUCAUUAAACCACGCAGAAAUGAAGAUGCUAAGCAGCAAGGAGAUAAUACUGCUUCCAUUCCUGAAAAGGACAAGUUUCAGGUGGCUAUCGAUGUACAGCAGUUCCGACCAAAAGAGAUCAGUGUAAAAACUCAAGACAAUUGCAUCAUAGUAGAAGCAAAACACGAGGAAAAACCUGAUGAACACGGAUUUGUUUCUCGUCAUUUCGUAAGACGUUACGUUCUCCCAGAAGGCUGUGAAGCAACAGAUGUGAAAACCAAUCUUUCAUCAGAUGGUGUUCUGACCAUCACUGCCCCCAAAAAGGCUGCCAUUCCGCCAAGUAAUGAGAGAAUAGUACCAAUUGAGCACACUGGACCAGUCAGGAAGCAACAACCAGAAAAACCACAAGAGAAAUCUGAUGCUAAACAACCAGCCAAAGAGUCAAAGUAAAUUGAUGGCAUCUUCAUUGACUUCAGCAUAAUUAGGAAUAAGAAAUAGGAUUAAGGAAUUACUUCAAUUUGCGGUUCAUCAAAUUUGAAACUCCAUUUACCUUCACGUGCUAACUAUGUAGAUCAUUUUAACCACGUUUAUAUAUUUAGUUU